AUGACCAGCAAACAUCCAGAGUCCCCCGAGGACUUUGAAUUCAUUCGGACGCCUGCUGCCCCUCCUGAGCAACCUCCUUCGAACUGCGGUGUCCGCUCGACUUCGUAUCCCGCAAUCAAAAAUGCCCCUCUCCCUGCCGACGCCGCAGGAAGUGACACUUUCAACAACUUCGUGCUCAUUGGCCUCCUCAUUGCAGUGCCGUUUUACAUCGCACGGCAACUGCAUGGCGGGCUCUACACCACCCUCUUCGUCGCCGCCUUCACCAGCAUUCCUAUCCUCAUGCUUUUCUGGGCCGUCGCCUCUACCAUGUCUCCUCGCAUGAAUGAGAAGGCCGCCUAUCCUGGUCGUCCGAUCGAGCACUACCUCGACUUCCACAAUGAGGAGGAUCGUGCAAAAUACCAUGGAAAAAACAAAAUCCCAAUCGAAACAUUCCACGAGAUGUACUUUGACCAAAAGGUCUCGUUCAAGGGCGACUGCUUGGAAACAAUGGAAUAUCGCCACGAUUGGGCAAGCUUCCGUUUCACGCUCUCGUUGUUCCGAUACUUUUUCACCGGCAUGAUUCCUGAAGUUAUCAUGCACACCCGCUCCCAGGACGAAGAACAAGUGCGUGACCACUACGACCGUGGCGACGACUUCUACGCAUGGUUUCUUGGUCCACGGAUGAUCUACACCUCAGGUAUCAUCUCAGACAUCAACCGCGAGGAAACUUUGGAAGAACUGCAGGACAACAAGCUCGCCAUCGUGUGCGAGAAGAUCGGUCUUCAACAGGGUGACACGCUCCUCGAUAUUGGCUGUGGCUGGGGCACCCUGGCGAAAUAUGCUAGCGUCAACUAUGGCGCGCACGCUACUGGUAUCACUCUGGGCAGGAAUCAGACAAAAUGGGGCAACAACGGUCUGCAGAAGUUCAACAUCCCGGAUUCCCAAUCCCGAAUCCUGUGCAUGGAUUACCGUGACAUUCCUCACUCUCCUCCCAACCGGCCUAACGAGAAAUACAAGAAAAUCACCUGUCUCGAAAUGGCCGAGCAUGUGGGAGUCAGACAUCUCGGAAGCUUCCUCAGUCAAGUCAACGAUCUAUUGGACGACGAUGGGGUCUUCUUCUUGCAAAUCGCUGGGUUGAGGAAGUACUGGCAAUAUGAAGACCUCAUUUGGGGGCUUUUCAUGAACAAGUACAUCUUUCCGGGCGCCGACGCGUCGACUCCUCUGGGCUUCGUGAUCGAUAAACUCGAAGGUGCCGGGUUUGAAGUCAAAUCGGUGGACACAAUCGGCGUUCACUACAGUGCAACACUCUGGAGAUGGUACAGGAACUGGCUCGGCAAUGCGGAAAAGGUCAAGGCGAAAUAUGGCGUGAGAUGGUACAGAAUCUGGGAAUUUUUCUUGGCCUGGAGCACCAUCAUCGCCCGACAGGGCUCUGCGACUUGUUUCCAAAUUGUGUUGGUCAAGAAUAUCAAUUCGACACACCGCAUUGAGGGUGUGAAGCAGCAGUUCGGCCUUUCAGGAGCGCUGCAAGCCGGCAAGGAGCACCUCAAAGCCAGCAGUAGCCUCAAGAAAGAGAACGGGGCAGCAGUGAAUGGGCACGCCUUGCGCUGA